AUGGCCGCCAAAAUCACGCUCAAGCUGAGCAACCGCUCGCCGAAGCAGCCGAUAAAGAAGCUUCCUGAGACCAUCGAGGUCCCCGCCGAUGCUACCGUCGAAGAGGUCAAGCAUAUCGUCGCCCGUAAGGCUGGCUUCAGCGACUUCAACCGCGUCGGUCUGUUCGACCCCUCGACCCAGAAGACGCUGAAGAACCGCAAGGCACAGAUCAGCUCUGAGCCGGCCGUCAUGUCCGCUGGCCACGUGCUGGUCAAGGACCUCGGUCCCCAACUGGCAUGGAGCACCGUCUUCGUGAUCGAGUACCUCGGUCCCAUCCUCAUCCACCUCGCCGUCGUCAGCCUACGCCCCUACAUUUACUCGGGUCCCGGUGCUACAAAGGCCCUCUCACCGACCCAGCUCCUUACUCUCGCCAUGUUCCUCGGUCACUUCCUCAAGCGCGAGUAUGAGACGCUCUUCGUGCACAAGUUCUCGGCCAACACGAUGCCUCUGCGCAACAUCUUCAAGAACUCCUUCUUUUAUUGGGCCUUUGCCGGUCUCCUCAGCGCCUGGCACGUCUACUCCCCCAGCUCGCCCACGGCCCUCGCCCGCAACGACGCCGUUGAUGUUCUCGGUACCAUCAUCUUUCUUUUCGGCGAGGCGUCCAACGCCAUUGUUCACCUCAACCUCGCUAGCCUGCGCUCCCACGGCGGCACGGAACGCCAGAUUCCCCGCGGAUACGGCUUUUCUCUCGUCACAUGCCCCAACUAUAUGUUCGAGAUUAUCUCAUGGAUCGGCGUCAUCAUCACGAGCCGUAGCUGGGCCGUGGCCGUUUUCAUCGCUAUCGGCGCCGCUCAGAUGGCCCAGUGGGCCAAGGGUAAGGAACGCGCCUACCGCAAGGAGUUCCCCGAGACGUACAAGAAGAAGAAGUUUGUUCUGCUGCCCGGUAUCUUCUAG